UAUGUAGGAUCCUGGUUCCGUGACCAGGAAUGACCGUGUGACCCUGCAGUGGAAGCAUGGAGUCUCAACCGCUGGACCACCAGGGAAGUCCCUGGCAUGCAGCUUUGAAGGGCUUGUUUCAUAGAACAAGCCACAGCUCUGCCUGGUUAUGCUGGGGCCCGGGGCGCUCAGAUCGACCAGCACUCCUUUCAAGACCAGGUGGUUCUGUCACACCGGCUCCAGGAGGGUGGGAAAAGGCCUGUGACGGGGGACACGGCUCAGGUCUGCCGCUGCCCUGGGGCUUGCUCCCCACUUUCCAGACCUUAGCAGUCCCUCCUGCACCCUACCCCACCUCCAGCCUCCUGCUCAGCCUCUGACAGCUCUCCAGGGCCUCUCGUCAUGGUCCAGGCAGGGAGGGUAGGGCUGAGGCAAGGCCCAGAUGGCGCUGGCUGGAGAGAAUGGGUGUUCAGGUGUGUUGAGCCCCCAUCAGGAGGGCACCAGUGGCUCUGUGUAGGUUUAAGGUAUCUCAUUUCCUGGGCAGGUGGCUGGUUCAGGAGUGGGCGUGGGGCUUGGGUGGGGCAGAGGUGGCUGGGAGGAACAGGAGGAGCUUGAGGCCCGCUGGGACAUCUCUGGCUCUGGGCGAUAAAGCUGACAGUCCUCAGCCUUGCAGACACUGCCAUUACUCCUUCCUCCUGAGGACUCUGCCUCAUGGCUCUGGCAAAGGUGCCUGGGACCUGCUUACUCACUAUUCGUGUCCUGCAGGCCCAUGGCCUGCCCUCCAAGGACCUUGUGACCUCCUCUGACUGCUACGUGACCCUGUGGCUGCCCACGGCCUCCAGCCACCAGCUGCAGACGCGCACAGUCAAGAACUGCAGAAACCCUGUCUGGAAUCAGAGCUUUCACUUCCGAAUCCAUAGCCAGAUCAAGGUGGAUGGGCGUCAGCCCUGGCCCCGCUCACUGUCCCCCACUGUUGCCUCCCAGCCUCUUGUUCCCUGCCUCACCCCCUCUUCCUGCAGGCCCCUCACUCUAUUUCCCUUUCAGAACAUUGUGCAUCUUAGAGUCUUUGACCAGGACCUUCUGACCACGGAUGACCCUGUGUUGUCAGUGCUGUUUGACGUGGGGACCUUGCGGGCUGGGGAGACCCGGCGCAAGAGCUUCUCGCUGAGCCCUCAGGGUGAGGAACGCCUGGAAGUUGAAUUUCGGCUGCAAAAUCUGACUGAUGAUGCUGAGUACCUCUUCAGCAAUGGCAUCCUAGUGGCCCGGGAGCUCUCCUGCUUGCAUGUUCGACUGGAGAAGGCAGGGGACUUUCAGGAGUCGGAGGGCAGAGUUCAGCUUGUGGUUCCUGGGUCCUGUGAGGGUCCACAGGAAGCCUUCGUGGGUGCCGGCUCCUUCCGCUUCCAUUGGCCGGCCUGCUGGGAGCAGGAGCUGAGUAUUCACCUGCAGGAUGCCCCCCAAGAGCAGCUGAAGGUGCCCCUGAGGGCUCUGCCCUCUGGCCAAGUGGUGCGACUCGUCUUCCCUACGUCCCAGGAGCCCCUGAUGAAAGUGGAGCUGAAAAAUGAAGAAGGACCCAGGGAACUGGCUGUGCGGCUGGGCUGCGGGCCCUGUGCUGAGGAGCAGGCCUUCCUGAGCAGGAGGAAGCAGGUGGUAGCCAAGGCCCUGCAGCAGGCCCUGCAGCUGGAUGGAGACCUGCGGGAAGAGGAGAUUCCAGUGGUUGCUGUUAUGGCCACUGGUGGUGGUAUCCGGGCCAUGACCUCACUGUAUGGACAGCUGGCUGGCCUAAAGGCACUUGGCCUCUUGGAUUGUGUCUCCUACAUCACAGGGGCCUCGGGCUCCACCUGGGCUUUGGCCAACCUCUACGAGGAUCCAGAGUGGUCUCAGAAGGACCUGGCAGGGCCCAUCGAGUCACUGAAGACCCAGGUGACCAAGAGCAAGCUGGGUGUGCUAGCCCCCAGGCAGCUACUGCGGUACCAGCAGGAGCUGGCUGAGCGUGCCCGCCUGGGCCACCCGACCUGCUUCACCAAUCUGUGGGCCCUCAUCAACGAGGCGCUGCUACAUGACGAGCCUCAUGACUACAAGCUCUCAGACCAGCGGGAGGCCCUGAGUCGAGGCCAGAACCCCCUGCCCAUUUACUGUGCUCUCAACACCAAGGAACAGAAUCUGACCACCUUUGAAUUUGGGGAGUGGUGUGAGUUCUCCCCCUACGAGGUCGGCUUUCCCAAGUACGGCGCCUUCAUCCCCUCCGAGCUCUUCGGCUCUGAGUUCUUCAUGGGGCGCCUGACAAAACAGCUUCCUGAGUCCCGUAUCUGUUUCCUGGAAGGUAUCUGGAGCAAUCUGUACGCAGCCAACCUCCAGGACAGCCUGUACUGGUCAUCUGAGCCCAGCCAGUUCUGGGACCGCUGGGCACAAGCUCGAGCCAGCCUGGACAAGGAGCAGGUCCCCCUUCUGAAGAUAGAAGAGCCUCCCACGGUGGCCGGCAGCAUAGCGGAGGUUUUCACCGACCUUCUGACACGGCGUCCACUUGCCCAGGCCACCCACAAUUUCCUACGUGGCUUCUCCUUCCACAAGGACUAUUUCCAGCAUCCUCACUUUUCUGCCUGGAAAGCUACCAAACUGGACGGCCUCCCCAACGAGCUGACACCUGCAGAGCCCUACCUUUGCUUGCUGGAUGUUGGGUACCUUGUCAAUACCAGCUGCCCACCCCUCCUGCCGCCCACACGGGAUGUGGACCUCAUCCUGUCGCUAGAUUACAAUCUCCAUGGAGCCUUCCAGCAGCUGCAGCUUCUGGGUCGGUUCUGCCAGGAGCAGGGCAUCCCAUUCCCGCCCAUCUCGCCCAGCCCCGAGGAGCAGUGCCAGCCCCAAGAGUGCCACCUUUUCUCGGACCCCGCCCGCCCUGACACCCCUGCCGUGCUGCACUUCCCUCUGGUCAAUGCCUCCUUCAGGGACCACUCUGCCCCCGGGGUCCGACGGACAGCCGAGGAGCAGGCGGCUGGGGAAGUGAACCUGUCUGAAUCCGACUCCCCCUACCACUACUCGAAGGUGACCUACAGCCUGGAGGACGUGGAUAAGCUGCUCCACCUGACGCAGUACAACAUUUGCAACAACCAGGAGCGGCUGCUGGAGGCCCUGCGUGAUGCCAUGCAGAGGCGGAGGCAGCGCACGCAGCGCCGGCCCGAGUGAUGGGCGGGAUGGGGCCGCGUCCAGCCCCAUGGCCCCCGACUCUCCUUGAGGCUCACUUCUUGGCCGCCUUGCUGCUCUGGUUGAGUUGGGGUGAUCACCAGCUUCUGGAACCUCUAGCGGUUUGGACGGCCCAGUUGUGGUCUCCAGCCCUCCGAGGGGCUCCCCAGGGUGCACUGCCUGGCACUAUCCAGACAUUGAAUCCACUGGCACCCCUGCUGUGGGCACCCUGGGGUAGGUGGAGGAUUUUAAAUGGGGGCUGUGGCCUGGUCUCCAGGAUGUGGCCAGAGAUUCAGAGGUUCUGGGCAGUGUGGGCCAUAUUUGUAUAGGCACACAGAGCCCCAUGACCUGGUGUGUCCUUUUGCUUCCUUGCUACCUUGAGUAGCUAGCUGUACAGGGUGAAAUAGAGUACUUUAUGUAUCACAGA